AUGGUCAAUGAUAUUAAUCUCGAAGAUCCUGAGAGUAACCUUUUGAUUAAGUUUGCGGACGACUUGACUGUUAAUGUUCCUGUGAAAACUGCUGAAGUUUCAGCAGCUAGCGAAGUAAGGAGCAUUAAAAGAUGGGCGAGUGGUAAUAGGAUGACUCUUAAUAUAUCUAAAACUUGGGAAAUGGCUGUUCGUGGCAGAACAACGAUGCCAUUACCGCUCCAAUUGGAUGGUAUUGACCGCAAAAACUGGUUGAAACUUUUCGGAAAGGCUUCUCGGGACGACCCUUGCUGUUGGGAUUUACAAGUCGACACCCUCCUAUCGAAGGCUGCUAGCCGUAUGUACAUCCUUAGAGUGUGCAGAUCCUAUGAUUAUACAAAGGAAAACUUAAACCUAUUGUUUGAAACUCUAAUUCUAUCGUUGUUCCACUACGGAAUUGAAGUUUGGGGAUCCGCUCUACCGAAUGAAUACCUACAACGAAUUGAUAAAUUACUCAGACGAGCUUAUCGAUUUGGAUAUACCUUGAAAGAGUAUAAAAUAUCGCAACUGGUUGAGGAGAAGGACAAGGCCUUAUUUGCAAAAAAUCUGAAUGAUCCGGAUCACGUUAAUAGAAAGAAAACAUUCUUUUAUUUUACCAAUGAUCAAAACAGAACGUUUUAA